AUGUUUGGAGGCUCCACCGACAAAUUUGAUUUCUCUGAUAUUGAGGGUAGAAAAAAGAUGGGGCGUAACGAUGAGGAUGGUGGCUGCAGAAUGUCCGGUGCAUCGGGGUUUCUGAUGGUGUUGCUUGCCAUAGCUAUCGCAGUGGGUGUUGGACUGAUCGUGCAUUUCGCUGGAAACCAAAAGGAACUUAAUUGUAACUGCCAGUGUGGACCAGCGGAGGGCGUUGUCACAAUGGCUCCAGAAUUUCUAACGGAAACAUGCAAGGCUAAAGCUGUUCUAGGGAACCAAGAGCUAUGUGGACUGUGUCCGGAAAGAACCACUACACCAUCACAACCGUCAAUGUCCACAACUAUGGGAAUGAGGACAGCAUCAACCAUGCCAAACACUACAAUGCCACCCACCUCUUCACCACACCCGAUCACGGAUACGCGUCUACCUACCUCUGUAAAACCUCUUCACUAUGAGUUAAAUUUGAGACCAGAGAUGUACAAUAACAAGCCGGAGACAUUCACUUUCAAUGGAACCGUGGCUAUAAAAGUAGAAUGCAAAAGUUCCACAGACAAUAUAACACUCCAUAUUGCCACGCAGAAUCUUACCACUACCCCAACUGUAGAGGCAUCAGAUAACACUGAGGUAUCUCCUGUUGUACUCUACACCACUAGGGAUGUGACAAGACAGUUCCUUAUCCUGACUCUAGAUAAACCAUUAGUAGUUGGAAAUCGGUAUGUCGUUCGAUUAGCUUUUGAAGACCGACUGUCCAAUACUGUUCUUUUAGGAAUGUACAUAAGCACCUACAUAGACGAAGCAGCUAAUGUGACCAAAUAUAUUGCAGCAACCCAAUUUGCACCAACAUACGCGAGACAUACGUUUCCUUGUUUUGAUGAGCCAGCAUUCAAGGCGACGUUCGACAUCACAUUGGAGCGACAACCUCACAUCAUCAGUCUCUCAAACAUGCCCCUCGCUAAUUCAAUAACUCUGGGAGAUGGUUACGUUGCGGACCAUUUCGACGUUUCAGUCACGAUGUCGACAUAUCUUGUUGCUUUUAUCUUUGGCGAGCUGGACAGUGUAAAGAAUGUAACGGAAAAUAAUGUUCUGUUUGGGGUGUAUACUACUCACAAGAACAUCAACCAGACAGCGUUUGCACUUAACUUAGGCAGCAGACUUCUUGAUACAUAUGAGGAGUAUUUCAAUAUUUCCUUUGUUCUUCCAAAACUCGAUAAUGUGGGCUUGCCCGACUUUGUGUUUGGUGCCAUGGAGAAUUGGGGGCUGAUGACAUACAGAGAAAUGUUCAUAUUGAACAUGGAAGGUGUGACGACCACACAUGGUAUGGAAUUUACGGCCGAGAUUUUAGCACACGAGAUCUCCCAUUCAUGGUUCGGGAACCUUGUAUCUCCGGCCUGGUGGGAUGAUGUUUGGCUAAAUGAAGGGUUUGCUACUUUCCUGUCUUACCUCGGAGUAGAUCUCGUAGUUCCUUCAUGGGGGAUGAUGGACCUAGUAAACUUGUAUAUCAUACAACCGGUGAUGGACGUGGACAGCGUUGAAAGUAUUGUUCCUAUAUUCAGAGAAGCGUACACACCUGACCAGAUAAUUGGUCUGUUUGACAUCAUCACCUACUAUAAGGGAUGUGCCGUUGUAAGAAUGUUGUGGUUCUUUCUUGGUCCAGAAACGUUCAGGAAAGGAUUAGAGAGAUAUCUGAACGAGAAGGCUUAUGGAAACGGCGCACACGAUGACCUUUGGGCUGCCUUGCAAACGCAAGCAGUCAAAGAUGGAAAGGAUGAUAUUGAUAUAAAAUCUAUCAUGGACUCAUGGAUACUACAAACGAACUAUCCGGUGGUGACCGUCAGGAAGGUGAAUGGAGGCCUGUACCUGCAUCAGAGUCGAUUUCUUCUACAGUCCAACAAGAACACCGAUUUUGCAGGGUUUAGCUGGACAAUUCCAUUCACUUACACCACAGACGAGGAACUGAACUUCAAUCAGUCUGCAAAUAACGUUGUAUGGAUGGCACCAAAUACACAAGUGUAUGCUACAGAUGCUAGCAUCAGUAAGAUGAAUGGAUGGGUUAUCGGAAACAUACAACAUUACGGAUACUACCGUGUGAACUAUGAACAGGAAAACUGGAACGCUCUGAUUACGCAACUGAAGACCGAUUACACGAAAAUACAUGUGGUAAACAGAGGAACACUCAUUAGUGACGUAUGGGCUUUAUUCAAGGCUGGACAAGCCGAUUUAGUCACUGCCUGGGAUAUGCUUACCUACCUACAGUACGAGACUGAGUUUAUACCUUGGCAGUAUGCUUCAUCAGAGCUCGUCUACCCGAACAAUAUGUUAAUUAGGCGUCCAGCGUACGGAAAUUUUGAGCGUUUUGUGCUGAGCUUGCUUGAAGGACGAUCAUUGAAUGUGUCCUUAAACGAUAACCGUCCUACCCAGCAGAGAUCGCUGUCUAAAUUGAUAUUUAGUCUAUCCUGCCGAUAUGGUGUUCCAGAAUGUGCGACUCGUGCCAAACAGUUAUUUAAUGACUGGAAAAAUUCGGGAACAUUGAUACCACCCGAUGUCAAGGAGUCGGUGUUCUGCCGUGCAAUUAAAGAAGGAGGAGAAGAGGAGUGGAACUAUAUGUACGACGUGUACCUAAACGGACCAGCCGUGGAGCAAGCUGGAGCGCUUGGUUCACUGGGUUGUACAAGCCGUCCAUGGAUCAUUAGCAGAUACCUUGACUACAUAUUAGAUCCCUCCAAAAUAAGAAAACAAGAUUCUGCGCAAGCUUUUCUAUCACUUCUCAGAAAUACCAAUGCCUUCUAUCAGACGUUUGAGUACAUCCUAGCGAAAUGGAAAUUUAUAGUUGUGAACUACCAAUUAGAUGUGAUCAUGUUGAAUGAAAUCGUCAGCACUGCAGCCGCAGGAAUGUAUACAGACUAUGACAUUAAGAAGAUAGAAAACUGGAGAGAUGAAAUCCAUCCCGAUGGCGCCGCAAAUGUCGGCGGGUUCGAUGUUGCACUUAACCGAAUUUCCGUCAAUAUGGAGUGGCACGAUAAGUACUAUGACAGGGUGGCGAACUGGCUCGAAAACUACGUCAGAUCCGAACCGUGA